AUGGUCGCUACUAGUAUCAACUACGCAGCGUUUUCUGGGAUCCAUUCGACUGCAGCUGCUAUCGUGUUUGCUGCCGUAUAUGCUCCCCUCGGCCUGUGGUUCAUCCGCCAGUCGAUCAAGAAUACGACGUAUGUUUACAUCGUCCUCACACUCUUUUGUAUCAUGAGAGAAGCGGCAUUCGUUCUUCGGGCCAUAAUGGCGAACUCAGCUGGGGCAGGCUCGAACCUCAGCAUGUUCAUCGCAGAUCAGGUUCUUUUUGGUGUCGGGUUCUUUGCACUGCUUUAUAGUGCAUACUCCCUUGUCCUCGACCGCCACGUCCUUGCAGGUGGAGAGCCACCUUCCGCGACAACCCCCAGCGUCUUCCGCAACAGCCAUCUUUUCCGCAUCGCGCUCAUGGCGGGUGUUGCCAUCGGCAUUGUGGCCACUAUCGACACAACCAGCUCGAACCCCCACAGUGCUUCAACAGGCCGCACCCUCCGAAAAGUCAGCACGGCCAUUUUCUUCGUCCUCACUGUCAUCCAAGCAGCGCAAACGAUUUGGUUCUUCAGAGAAGCCGAUGCUGUCGCCGGCGGCUAUUCUAACCGUCGGAAAUGGGGCGACCGAAACGGGCGCUAUUUGCUGGUUCUCAUCGCCGUUCUCCUGCUCGUGCGCGAGGUCUUCCUGAUCGCGACGAUUAACGACACGGCGAAGCAGAGCAGAGAGGAGCUGUGGUACCCGCUCGUCGCGCUUCCCGAGCUUUUGGCUGUUGUGUGCUAUGCCGUUUCGGGGCUCGUGCCAACAAGGGUCGCGAUAAAGAAGAAGGACGCCGGUUUCAAUUGA